AUGCUCCAGCCUCAAUCAAGCGAUCAAACCAACGCGAUACUCACUCAGGUCUCUGCCAGCUUGAAGAGCUUUGCCCUCAAUCCCUCCUUCGCCAACUCCACCGCCUUGGCGUUCCGGGAUAUCUCUUACGUUCAGCAUGUCGUCGCGACGAUCGGGAUCAUGGUGAAGCAGUGGCUCAAAGAGUACAACACCGGGCUGUACGGGUUCUCCGCACCAAUCACACGACGCGCAUCUACCGGCUCUCGACCUCAAAAGGCGCACAUCCCUGCUAUCAUCUCGCUUGUGCCUCUUCUUCUGAUCGCCGCCGUCAUUCUGUUCUUCGUCGGCCUCCUCAUCCUCCUUUUCCACUCAGAUGUCGUCGUCUUUUCCGUCACUGCAACGUUCGUCUGGAUGCUCCUGCUCUUCAUGACUGUCACAACGAUCAUCCCCUUGAUCUAUCCCUCAAUGUUUUCUACUCGCUCGUUUAUUGUUCGAUAA